CACGCUUGAGUCUUGACGCUCACGGACACGGAGUCACGGACCGUGGCUCUCCGCCGGCCACCACCAGCCGCCGCCCCAUGUAGCAAAUUAGCAACCCGCCGAGCAAGAGCAACCGCCGGCGGCCCGGCGCCGACCCUGCCGUCCAGGACUCCAGGCCCGUCCUCCUGCCGCGGUGCUGCCUGCGUCCCUGCCCCCGCCACCGCCCACCGCCAGCAGUAGGCAUCAAGCCGAGCGAGGAGCGAGUAGUGGCGCUGCGUGGCUGCGUCCCUGGCUCGGUGGCUCCCUGCCCAGUGCCCAGUGCCCCUGCGUCAGCGUCGCCGUCACUGCACUCCGAGUUGCAGCUCCAGCAAGUGACCAUUGCUCUAGAGAUCCACAUGUGGGUUUCAGUGCAUUUUCGUAUCUUUUAGAACUGAACUGUGAAAAACACAAUGGCAACAAUCAUAUCUGGAGCAAGGAGCCUUCACUCACUCGCUCUGCGAUCGCGGAUGUUGGGCGAAAUGACUCAGCUCGGUCCUUUUAACCGCAACGUGCAGCGGAGGUGGAGAAAGCCUGUAGAUUCGGCAAGAACACGUCUCGAGGGAAGAACUAUGGAUCAUAGGCUGGACAAGCUAAUGGUUCAGCUGAGGAACUUGAGGCUGGCCUUGGCUUUGCAUGAGGUGAUAUCUCAGCAGAGGAACGGAUAUGCGUCUCUCCAGCUCCUCUCAAGGUGGAGGCAUGAGGUCGGGCUGAACAUUGAGGUCGGUGCUUUCCUCAAGAAAUACCCCCACGUGUUUCAGACCUACGUGCACCCUGUCAAGAGGAACCACUGCUGCAAGAUCACGCAGAAGAUGUCCGACUUGAUCGCAGAGGAAGACGCUGUGGUCAGGGAGAAUGAGGUCGGCGUAGUUCAGCGGCUGAAGAAACUUCUCAUGCUCUCUGUGGAUGGAACUCUGAACAUGCACGCGUUAUGGCUCAUAAGAAGGGAACUUGGGCUUCCGGAUGAUUACAGGUCCUCUAUACUGCCGAACCAUCGACAUGAUUUAAUUCUCGAAUCCCCAGCUACUCUAUCACUUUUCUCUAUGGAUGAAACAUUGGCUGUAGCUAAGGUCGACGAGUGGAGGAAAAGGGAGUACACAGAAAAAUGGCUAGCUGAAUCAGAGACAAAAUAUGCUUUCCCGAUCAACUUCCCAACUGGAUUUAAGGUUCAGAAAGGUUUCAGGGAGAAACUCAAGAACUGGCAGAGGCUUCCCUACACCAAACCUUAUGAGAAGAAUGAUUCGCAUUCGAUCCGCAACGUGGAGCGGCUUGAGAAACGCAUUGUUGGUGUUCUUCAUGAGCUUUUGAGCCUGACGAUCGAAAGAAUGAUGCCACUUGAGAGACUGUCACACUUCAGAAGAUUGUACACCAUGGAGGUAAACCUGCUAGAAUUUUUUCUCAAGUAUCCAGGCAUUUUCUACAUCUCGACGAAAGGAAGCACACAGACAGUUAUCCUAAGGGAGAGUUACAGUAAAGGAUAUCUGAUUGAGCCUAACCCUGUGUACAUUGUGCGGAGGAAGAUGCUGGACUUGGUAUUAUCUGGAUCUCGUAACGUUGGUGAAUGCCAACAGGAUAGUGCAACUUGGUCAGCUGAGGAGCAUGGUCUGGGAAGCAGUCAUGGGUGCCAGGAUAACAUAUGCCAGGUGGAUUCUGCAAUUCCAUACUGGAACAUGGAGUUAGAAGUGACGCAUGGAAAGAACCAAUUAACUCAACCGUGAUCUUGCUGUAAUCUCUACAUAUAAAAAUACCUACUGAUAUCGUCUGCCUAGGGUGAAGCGAUGCCUAGCUGCGGCAUUGGUAAUCUGUCAAGCAGUGACCAAAACAAGCAGCAAUCCCCGCCGUCGUGAAACGCCGCCGGGUGCCAUGUCGAUUUAGGCUAUCCAGCUUGCUGCCUUGCUCACCUGCUUUCCUGAGUAUCUGUGUUCAUCAAUUGCGAAUUAUCCUUCCUUCGAUUCCGACCUCCUCGGGUGGCUCCUGCCGUCCUGCGUGCAUUCCCAUUUUCAAACCAGCAUGUUCAGCACUGCUUGGCGUGGGGGUUUGCCGCUAGUGGGGGUCCAAGAGGCGCCAUUCCUG